UAAAAAAGGCGCAAAAUACGGCCUCUAUUACCAACAAACCCAAAUUCUUUCCUAUAAAUUCCAAAACAAAACCAACUCUCUUUCUUCAACCUUCAUUUCAUCUUCUUUCUCCCAAAAGCUUUAGACAUGGACGAUUCGGCUCCGCCAUCCCCACCAGAGCUUCAUCUUCACACUCUCAGACCCCUCAAAGUACUCGGAAAAGGAGCCAUGGGAACCGUCUUCCUCGUCCACGACCGCCUUUCCGAUGACCCUGCUCAUUUCCCCUUCGCUCUCAAAGUCGUCGAUAAAUCCUCUUUCCUCUCCAAACUCGACGCCGAGCGCCGAGCUCGUUGGGAGAUUCAGGUUCUUUCUCGCAUGUCCUUCCCUAAACCUCAUCCCUUUCUUCCCCACAUUAUCGGUUCCUUCGAAUCAGAUGAGUUUUUGGGCUGGGCCGUUCCCUACUGUCCCGGCGGCGACCUUAAUGUCUUGCGUUACCGUCAAUUAGAUCGGGUUUUCUCGCCGGCAGUCAUUCGGUUUUAUUUGGCUGAGAUCGUCUGUGCGCUCGACCAUCUUCAUGGCAUGGGCAUCGUCUACCGAGAUUUGAAGCCGGAGAAUGUGCUGAUUCAACAAUCGGGUCACGUCACUCUCACGGAUUUUGAUUUGUCGCGUAGUUUGACACGCAGGACAGUAAAAGACGUCGUCUCUCUUGAAAAUUCCGGCCACGAGAAGCCGCCGAUUUCCGUCCGCCAAAAACACAGGCGGAAUUUGACGCGAUGGAUCAUGGCGACUUCCAAUGUUAAAAACGGAUUAAAAAAGACUAAAUCGGCUCGGGUUAGUCCUGUGAAUCGCCGGAAGCCGAGUUUCACCAAUGGCGAGCGGUCGAAUUCGUUUGUCGGAACGGAAGAGUACGUCUCGCCGGAGGUUGUUCGAGGCGACGGUCAUGAAUUCGCCGUCGACUGGUGGGCUCUGGGGAUUCUCACGUACGAGAUGCUUUAUGGGACGACGCCGUUUAAGGGGAAGAACAGGAAAGAGACGUUUCGAAACGUUCUGGUCAAAGCUCCGGAGUUGAUUGGAAAGCGUUCGGAUUUAACGGAUUUGAUCGAACGGUUGCUGGUAAAGGACCCCACCAAGCGGUUGGGGUACGUACGGGGCGCGUGCGAGAUCAAAGAGCAUCCGUUUUUUAACGGCGUUAAGUGGGACCUAUUAACGGAAGUCACACGACCGCCAUUUUUACCUCCUCGUGAAGAAACGGAAUGGACGGAGAAUUUAACGCUCGGUUGUGUGAGUAUAACGGAAUACUUUCACAGACAGAGAUCGCCACCUUCGUAUCCACCGUCGCCGUCGUCAACAACUCCAUCGACCUCCUUCAGUUGGCACAAUAAUGUGUCUUUGACGGAGUUCUAACCCACGUGCGGGAUUGCACGUGUAAGAAUUCGAUAUUAUUUGGCCUCGUUGUGUAAUUUUAAUGUACAUAAAUGGAAUAACCCGCCAGUAGGUAAUGUGAGAAACGGUGUUAGUGAAAAUUGACAAAAUUUAAUGCGUUGUUAAGGUAAUAUAAUAAUAGGCAGAAUUAGUACUGUAAAGUCGGGAUUAAUUGGUAACAAAAUCAAGAAAUGCCUUUGUAAUUGAAUGAAAUAUCACGCGCCGGGGAGGCGCGUGUUUCCCCC